GUCGGGAAUAAUUCACGAACCCCGAUCCGAUGUGUCGUGAAAACCGCAGUUUCGUCCAACAAAAACGGCCCAUUAUCUUCUACCGUCCGCCGAAAGCAGUGUAGCCGAUAAAGAUUAAAGUUAUUUUUCGUUUUUGUGUGGAUGGAGAUGAGCGAGCUGCUGGCGGCUGUUUGCUAGAAGUCGGAUGUCGCCGUCUAAAUGAUAGGGGGAGUACAGCAUCGGUUGCUACGAACGUCUUCUCGUACCAUUGCCACUGCCGAUUAAAAGCUAAAGUCAACGCUGCUGCUCCCCGGUGCAUUGAUAAGGAGCAGAAUUAAGACUGUUCGUUCCGAGUGUCUCGUUCUUGUUCUGUCAAUCGUGAGCUUCGUUAGGUAACAAGUGGUCCCACCCCGGAUACGGACGAUUAUGGAUGAUAUUGAUAAUAUUAUUUUACACUCACUGCGUCAAAUCGAUUGCGAUUUAGACGAAGAUAUACAGGGACUGGAACACUUUACGCCUUCAAUUUUAGUCCGAACCAUCUCAAAAUGCUUGCUUCUCAUCGAUCCCUCGCUGGACCUGCCGCAUUCCCUCCCGCCCGGUAUGGCGCAAAGGUUCACCGUCACGGCACGCCUAGCAGAGGCUUGUACGGUCGUUGGCUACCGUCGGGACAUUGGUUAUCAAACGUUCCUUUACCCGAACGUAGCCGAGGUGCGUCGAGUGUUCAUGUUUCUCAUCGAACAGCUACCCAAAGAGACGACCGAUUCCGGUGGAACGGAAACCCCGUUCGACCGGGUAACCGAUCUGGAGAAUCGCAUCGUAGAAAAUAUGCACCAGCAGUUGCGUUGUUCGUGGCGGAAAGAUCGAUCACCGUUGGAUCUGCGACAGGGUGGUCGUAUGGGGCGCGGCAUUGCCAACAUUCCUUUCGUGACGCAAAGCGAUGUAACGGCAGAGAUCAAAGAGUACUGGUUGCGCCGAAGUGGUCUCUGGGAGGAAGUCGAUCGGGAUGAAGUGGACCGGCAACAAUUACCGAGCAACGGGUCCGAACAGGUUGAGAAUCCAAUCUCAAAGCUGCAGGCCUAUUACGCUCAGAAUAAAGCGAAAUCACCUCUUACCGAAGAGCUUCCGGAUGGUGGCGAAUCAUCGCCCACCUGCGAGGAUCAGCUCAGCGUAAUCGAUGAAGAAAUCGGGAAGAUACAACAGUCACUUCAGGAGAUGCGUUCCGAAUAUCAGGAACUGCGAGCAAGACGAGAAAACGUUCGCGAAGGGACAAAGGGCCUCGAAAAGACGGUGGAGAAGUUGAAAGAGGAAAAGAAAAUCAAAGAAAGGACACACAUUCUCUUGGAGAACCCGGAGGUAAACGUGGCUAAACUGGAAUCGAUAAUAGUGGCCGCCGGAGAGAAGAUGAAAAAAUUGCAGACCCAAUGGGAGACACAUCGAGCCCCGCUGGUAGCGACACUGCGAGAGCAGCAAGCGAAACAUUCAGAUAAAAUGAGUAAAUCCCAAAACAUGAUCGACGAAAUCGAGUCCGCCCGACAAAAAUCCGAGCAAGUUAUCGUCGAUUUGCAGACGAAAAGUGCUCUCCAUGCCCGGCUCAUACAGGAGUACGAGAAGAUCAGUAAAACGGUCAGCAGGACGGCGUACACCGGGCGGAUACUGGAGAUCAUUGGUAACAUACGCAAGCAAAAGACGGACAUCGAGAAGAUUCUGCACGAUACGCGCAGCCUGCAGAAAGAAAUCAAUUCCACCACCGGCCAGCUCGAUCGACAGUUUGCCGUCACGGACGAUCUGAUCUUCCGCAACGCCAAGCGGGACGAGCACUGCAAGCGGGCGUACAUUCUGCUCGUUGCCCUGCACACCGAGUGCAGCGAGCUGGUCGGGUUGGUGCAGGAAACGGGCGCCAUUAAGCGGGAGGUGCGCGAACUGGAGGACCAGAUCGAGAACGAAAAGGAUCGUAAUGUAGUCGCCAAUUUGGCACAGAUUGGGCGAGAUUUGGAGGAGAUGCAGCAAGAUAGUCGCCGGUUGGAGGACGCAAUUCGACAGCUUGAAGCGUCCUCCGGGAGAAACGGGAUGAACUAAACAUGGAAACGGAAAAACAACCUAGUGUCCUUAGCGAACGUUUGCGGUACCCAAAUGAACAAAUUACAGUAAAAUGCCACAACACGAAAGUCAAUGGUUAGGUAAAUAAAAUGUGAUAUAUUCCACAGUAAACAACCUACCGAACGAAGUCUUUUCUGGUGGGGUUGAUAUACGCUCCACUGUAGCACAACACAAAAUCACUUCGGGGGUUUUCAUGUGGUAAAGAUUUCAUUGAAUCAUUUAUUCAACACAUUUCGCUGAGCCAUUGAUACGGAAUAGUAUUGAUAUACACCGACGUUCAACACUGUACGAUCGGAUGAAGAAGCGCACUCGGCUGGAUCUCCCCGAUUCGUCCACGGGUGGAACGUACGAUAAAAACAA